UUUACGAAUUUUUGUGCCCAUUGACUUGAGAUUGAGAAUCAUAGGCGGUUUUGAAUCCAAAAUAAUCUCAAUAUUUAAUCAAUUAACAAGACUAUAUACAAUACUAUAAUGGGUCCUAAAGCUGGUGGUGAUGCUGGGAAGGUUAAUUCAGCCAUAUACAAAGACAAAAGCAAGCCAGCUGAUAUUCGUUUGAGCAAUAUAAAUGCCGCUAAAGCUGUGUCAGAUGCUAUUAGAACCAGCCUUGGUCCCCGUGGAAUGGAUAAGAUGAUUCAAGCCGCUAAUGGUGAAGUUACCAUCACUAAUGAUGGAGCAACUAUCUUAAAACAGAUGAGUGUCCUACAUCCCGCAGCUAAAAUGUUAGUUGAGCUAUCAAGGGCCCAAGAUAUUGAGGCUGGUGAUGGCACAACAUCAGUAGUAGUAAUAGCAGGGGCAUUACUUGAUGCAGCUGAAAAACUUCUUCAAAAAGGCAUCCACCCCACAGUUAUAUCCGAUGGCUUCCAGAAGGCUUUGCAAAUGGCCUUGCAGGUAGUAGAAGGAUUAUCUACAUCUGUAGAUUUGUCAAAUGAAGAUGCACUCUUGAAAGCGGCAGCCACAUCUCUUAAUUCGAAAGUGGUAUCCCAGCACUCUACAAUUUUGGCACCAAUUGCAGUUCAAGCAAUCCGUGCAGUAAUGGAGCCAAUCCAAGGAGGAGUGGGUGCACGUGUUGACCUGCGUGACGUUAAAGUAAUUGAACGUAUUGGUGGUACUGUUGAAGACACUGAGCUAAUUCAGGGGCUUGUGAUCCCUCACCGUGCUUCUAAUGUCAAUGGACCUCAUCGCAUUGAAAAGGCUAAAGUUGGACUCAUCCAAUUUUGUAUCUCUCCACCUAAAACUGACAUGGACCAUAAUGUGAUUGUAUCAGACUAUGCUGCUAUGGACCGUGUUUUGAAGGAAGAGCGUCAAUAUAUUUUAAAUAUUGUAAAGCAAAUAAAAAAAGCUGGCUGCAAUCUACUGCUGGUACAGAAAUCUAUUUUAAGGGAUGCACUGAGUGAUCUAGCUAUUCAUUUCUUGGAUAAAAUCAAGACAAUGGUUAUUAAAGAUAUUGAGCGUGAAGAUAUUGAGUUUGUUUGCAAGACCCUUGGAUGCCGUCCCAUUGCUUCUUUGGAUCAUUUUACAGCUGAAAAUUUGGUCAAUGUAGACCUUGUAGAAGAAGUAAACGAACCUUCUGGAAAGUACAUUAAGAUGACCGGUUGCUCCGGCGGCGGCCACACUGUGUCUGUGCUGGUGCGCGGCACGAGCGGUGCCGUGGUGGCGGAGGCGGCGCGUUCUCUGCAUGACGCGCUGUGCGCCGUGCGCUGCGUGGCGCGCCGCCCCGCACUCGUACCUGGCGGGGGCGCCCCCGAGGCUGCCGCCGCUGCCGAGCUCGGUCGCGCUGCUAUCGCGGCACCCGGUGCCGACCACUACUGCCUCAGAGCUUACGCCGACGCGCUCGAAGUCAUUCCAUCCACACUUGCCGAGAAUGCAGGUCUAAACCCUAUCGAGACGGUAACAGAGCUGCGUGCAGCGCACGCUAGUGGCACCCAAAGUGGCGCCGGCGUGAACGUUCGUCGCGGACGUGUUACCGACAUGCGUCACGAGAACGUGCUGCAGCCCCUGCACGUCACCGCGUCCGCUCUCGCACUGGCCACAGAGACCGUGCGCGCUAUUCUCAAAAUUGAUGAUAUCGUCAAUACGCUGAAUUAAGGAGUACUGCAUUUAACAACUACUAAAAAAUAAAAUCACAAAGUAUUAACAACCAACUCAUGUAUUUAGUUUUUGUCUAGCCUCUCAUGGUAUUUGUGAAAUAUGUUGCAAAUUUUAUAAUUAAGUUUUCUUGACAUUGUGUCAGAAAUAAUGGUGUUGAUUUUGUUGUACACAAUUUUCAGAUAAUAAUUUGUAGAAAAAAAGAGUUACUUUAUUUU